ACCAGGAAGAAAAGUGAAUGAACUCGUGAUCUUGCUUAACGUCUGUCUGAAUAAGGAAACUGUUCUCUUAAUGUCGCUGAAUAACGUACGUUUUAAUAUUUUAACGCGAAUGUAAUUCCCCGAAGGAGGAAAUCCAAGCGCGCAAGAUGUUUUUCGCAGUAGUGCUCCUCUUUGUCUCCGGUGUUGUGGCAACCGAGGCUCGGUAUUCAGCAGACUGGACUAGCUUGGACGCGAGACCUCUGCCCGCCUGGUAUGAUGAAGCCAAGCUGGGCAUCUUUGUGCACUGGGGAGUGUUUAGUGUGCCUGCUUUCGAAAGUGAGUGGUUCUGGUGGCACUGGCAGGGACAGCAACCUCCGGAUCCCAAAUGUGUGAGCUUUAUGUCCAAGAACUACCCCCCAGGGUUCAGCUACCCAGAUUUUGCUCCUCAGUUUCACGCGCAGUUCUUUGACCCUGAUCAGUGGGCUGACAUAUUCAAGGCUUCGGGUGCAAAGUAUGUGGUUCUGACCUCUAAACACCAUGAAGGCUUCACUACGUGGGGUUCACCAUUCUCCUGGAACUGGAACUCUGUGGACACUGGCCCUCACAGAGACCUGGUAGGGGACCUGGGGGAGGCGGUCCGAAACAGGUCUCUUCACUAUGGAUUGUACAACUCCUUGUUUGAGUGGUUCCACCCACUCUAUCUGAUUGACAAAAAAAAUGGCUUCAAGACCCAGGAGUUUGUUGUAAACAAGCUGCUCCCAGAGAUGUACAACUUGGUUGUGAGGUACAAACCUGAGGUGAUCUGGUCUGAUGGGGACUGGGAGGCACCGGACACAUACUGGAACUCCACUGCGUUUUUGGCUUGGCUCUACAAUGACAGUCCAGUCAAAGACACCGUUGUGACCAAUGACAGAUGGGGAGCAGGCUGUGCCUGUAAACAUGGAGGUUACUAUAACUGUGAGGAUAAGUACACUCCAGGGCAGCUGCCCAAACACAAGUGGGAGAAGUGUACAUCUGUGGACACACACUCAUGGGGUUAUAGAAAAAACAUGAGGCUCAAUGAACUCAUGGACUUGCCCACUAUCAUAAAGGACCUGGUUCAAACUGUGGCUCUGGGUGGUAACUACCUGCUGAACAUAGGUCCCACUGCAGACGGGACCAUCCCACCUGUAUUUGAGGAGAGACUCAGGGGGGUUGGAUCCUGGCUACAAACCAAUGGAGAAGCUAUCUAUGCUUCAAAACCCUGGAGGGUCCAGAAUGAGAAUUCCACUCUACCAGUCUGGUUUACAUCUAAAGAUACCACUGUGUAUGCAAUUGUGACAAUCAAGCCUCCUAAGUCUAUUAUGCAACUGUUGGCUCCCAAAACUUCAAUAAAGACCAAGGUGACUCUACUGGGGAAUCCUAAGCCUCUGGCCUGGUCUCCUGUGCUCCCUAGCGCUGGCCUCACUAUCCUCCUGCCUGAGCUCCCAGACACUCCGGGACAGGCCUGGACUCUCAAACUAGAGGGUGUUCAGUAGAUGUUUGACCAUACAAACCCUACAACUCAGGUUUACAUUCUUAAGCAAAAAUUGCACUUUUCUGGUUUAUGGGACUAAUUGCUUAAGAAUCUUUAUCUAUCUAUAACACAAUUUUACAUUCAUUAUUCAUAUUUUAUGAAGGGGUUUGGUAAGAAUUAUGAAUGAAAUUUCCACACCGAAACUCAAAUGGAAUAUUUUUCUUUUCAUCUACUUCUAUUUAUUUCUUAUUUUUAUAUAAUUUUAAAUGAGGAAAUAAAUUUAAAGUGAAAGUAA